AUGCUCGCAAAGUGUAUGAAGAAGUCGGCGUCGCUUGGACAAGUAAUCGCUCAGCGUUAUUCAUCGUCCGGCGAGGUCCGCCGUGUCACCCUCAUUCCUGGAGACGGAAUCGGUCCAGAAAUCUCGGACUCUGUCCAGAAGAUCUUCGAAGCCGCGAACGCGCCAAUCGCCUGGGAUCCCGUCGAUGUGACACCGGUGAAAGGAAGAGACGGAAUCUUCCGCAUUCCAUCGAGAUGCAUCGAAUUGAUGCACAAGAACAAGGUCGGACUCAAGGGACCACUCGAGACGCCGAUCGGAAAAGGACAUCGUUCCCUCAAUCUUGCUGUUAGAAAGGAAUUCGACCUAUACGCCAAUGUUCGUCCAUGCCGUUCUCUCGAUGGUCACAAGACUCUCUACGAUAAUGUUGAUGUCGUCACUAUUCGUGAGAACACCGAAGGAGAAUAUUCCGGAAUUGAGCAUGAGAUUGUCAACGGUGUCGUUCAAUCGAUUAAAUUGAUCACCGAAGAGGCUUCGCGCAACGUCGCCAGCUUCGCAUUUGAGUAUGCGCGCCAAAACGGACGCAAGUGUGUCACCGCUGUUCACAAGGCCAACAUCAUGAGAAUGUCUGAUGGUCUUUUCUUGAGCAUUUGCCGCGAGCAAGCUGCUCUCUACCCGGAUAUCAAAUUCAAGGAAGCCUACCUCGAUACCGUGUGCCUUAACAUGGUCCAAGACCCAUCGCAGUAUGAUGUUCUUGUGAUGCCCAACUUGUACGGAGACAUUCUCUCAGAUUUGUGCGCCGGUUUGGUCGGAGGACUCGGAGUGACUCCAUCCGGAAACAUCGGAAAAACCGCCGCUGUCUUCGAAUCUGUGCACGGAACCGCUCCGGAUAUCGCUGGACAGGACAAGGCCAACCCAACCGCCUUGUUGCUCUCCGCUGUCAUGAUGCUCCGAUACAUGAAUUUGCCGACUUAUGCCGCCAAGAUCGAGAAGGCCGUCUUCGAUGCGAUCGCUGAUGGAAGAGCCAAGACCGGAGAUCUUGGAGGCACUGGAACAUGCUCAUCGUUCACCGCCGACGUGUGCGCUAGAAUCAAGGAUUCCGAUUAG